CGGCCGCUGGUUGGCAUGAGCCGCGGUCCCCGUGGAUGCAGGACAGCCGAGCUGGAACCAUGGCCAGUACAAUGGUAGCAGUUGGACUGACCAUUGCUGCUGCAGGAUUUGCAGGACGUUAUGUUUUGCAAGCCAUGAAGCAUGUGGAACCUCAAGUAAAACAAGUUUUGCAAAGUCUACCAAAAUCUGCCUUCAGUGGUGGUUAUUACAGAGGUGGAUUUGAACCCAAAAUGACAAAACGGGAAGCAGCAUUAAUACUAGGUGUAAGCCCUACCGCCAAUAAAGGAAAAAUAAGAGAUGCUCAUAGACGAAUUAUGCUCUUAAAUCACCCAGACAAGGGAGGAUCUCCUUAUAUAGCAGCCAAAAUCAAUGAAGCUAAAGAUUUACUAGAAGGUCAAGCUAAAAAAUAA